AUGUCCGGAUCCGGAUCCUUCCGCCGCCUACUUCGCCGCUCCCCCCGCAGCCCGACCAACAACAGCCCACGGUCUCCACCUCUCGACCCCACCGAAGCCGACCUCGAGCGCCUCGCCGCCCGCAAUGAAUCCCUUGCCGCCCGUCAAGCCGCCGCCAUCGCCGAGACCCACCAGCAGCAGCAAAACGAGAUGCUGGAAGAAUCAUACCACUCGCGCCUGCGAGUCCACGAAGACAGCGACCCCCCGUCUGACACCCCCAUGGAGAACCCGUGCCCGCUCUGUGAGCAGCGAUCUGCGAAUGUGAAGUUCGUGCUGUGCGGGCACCGGGUGUGCAAGACGUGCGCGAAGAGGGAGUAUUGGGCGGGGAUGCAGAGGCUCAGAUGUCCCUUCUGCAGGGUCAAUAUCUUGAACCUGAUGGAUGUGACGAACGGUGCGGUAGAGGGGUUGCAGAGUUGGAUGUUCCAUAAUAGCUCGACUUACCGUGCAAGAGGUGGGCGUCCCGGGUAG